UCCACCUCUCAUUCCGGUAACCCUUCUCUCUCUCUUCACCUUGACAUUCUUCUCUCUCUCUCUCCAAUUUUUUCCACCCAUUUUCCGGCAUGUCUCUAACUCGCCAUCGCCGGCGCCGCCGUUGAAAGAUACGUUUUUCCGUUUGUGAAAGUGGCUAAAAUGGAUUUGAGUGUGAAUGAGGAAGAGGUAGAGUCAGAGGAAGAGAUUCAUGUUCCAGCUGAAAUUGAUUGGCAAAUGCUUGAUAAAUCCAAGUUUUUCUUCCUCGGUGCUGCUUUGUUUUCUGGUGUUUCAGCAACAUUGUAUCCUGUUGUUGUGUUGAAAACUAGGCAGCAAGUUGCCCAAUCACAAGUUUCUUGUAUUAAGACUGCCUUUUCGUUGAUUAAGGGGGAGGGGUUUAGAGCGUUGUAUCGUGGGUUUGGUACUUCGUUGAUGGGUACAAUCCCGGCUAGGGCUUUGUAUAUGGCGGCGCUUGAGGUUACUAAGAGUAAUGUAGGGACUGCUACUGUUGGUUUUGGUCUUGCUGAACCGACGGCUGCUGCAAUUGCUAAUGCGGUUGCUGGUUUGACUGCGGCUUUAGCAGCUCAGCUUGUGUGGACGCCGAUUGAUGUUGUGAGCCAAAGGUUGAUGGUUCAAGGUAGUUGUAAUUCAAGUGAUCCUAAGGGUUCGUCUGUAAGAUAUGUUAAUGGUAUUGAUGCUUUUAGGAAAAUUGUGAGAACGGAUGGUCCUAGGGGUUUGUAUAGAGGUUUUGGGAUAUCGGUUUUGACGUAUGCGCCUUCAAAUGCAGUAUGGUGGGCUUCAUAUUCUGUUGCACAAAGGAUGGUUUGGGGUGGAGUUGGAUAUUACUUGACUAACAAGAAAGGUGGGGAGGGAAGUGACAACAACAAUGGAGGGGCUAAUGUCUUGAGGCCGGAUACAAAAACUGUUAUGGCAGUUCAGGGAGUCAGUGCAGCAAUGGCAGGAGGCAUGUCUGCUUUGAUUACUAUGCCAUUGGAUACAAUCAAGACAAGGCUGCAGGUCUUAGAUGGCGAUGAGAAUGGCCGUCGUGGACCAACAGUGAUGCAGACAGUUAGAAGUUUGGUUAAGGAAGGUGGUUGGAUGGCUUGUUAUAGAGGAUUGGGACCUAGAUGGGCUUCAAUGUCGUUCUCUGCAACAACAAUGAUCACAACCUAUGAGCUUUUAAAACGGCUUUCCGCAAAGAAUCAAGAGGUUUUAACAUGAUGAAUGAUAUAACUAUAACAACAGCAGCAGCAACAACAACAACAAGGAACACAGAGAGAGGGAAAAAGGGUUUUCCCCAUCUGAUGUUUGGAAUCGCAGUGAAUUUGACUAAAUCACGGUGACUUUGUAAAAUCUACAUUAAGGUGCUUCAACAAAUUCAUGGUGAUGCCAUGAUUUGUCUAAAUUAUGCUCUUGUUUUUCUCUUAUCUUGUCUCAAACUUUUUCUGUUUGGGCUAGUUACCAUGACUGCUUGAUCAAUGUAAGUCACUGCAGGUUUAUAUAUAAAUAAAGUUUUUUUUUUGUCUCUAACA